GCGGCGGCGGCGGCGGCGGCGGCGGCAGCCAAGCGCAGCCGGGUCGGGGGAAAGGCAGAGAUGCCAGGGAUCCACCCGGACGUCUGGGGGACAACGUGGCUGUGUGAGAAGGCAGGUGAAGGCUCUAGGCUGCCUCCAGAAGUACGUCUUGUUGUGUACAAGCUUGCCAGCAAGGCUAAGCCAGCACUGGAGAAGAGGAGUGCCCCUUUUGGAGCGGCACAGAAGCACCUGCCGUUCGGUCGCCUGAGUGAGGCGGCUUCGGCCAGCCAAGCCGUCCCUGGAUCCCGUCACGGGGUCAUCUGUCACGCUCACCUACCGGCUGGCAGAAGGAGCAGAUGCGUGCUGCCAUCGUGCAUGUGUGCUGUCAGCAAGCUGUGGAGAAGCUGCAGGAGGCUGCUGAGCAGCAAGCGGGGGAUUCUCCACCCAGAGUCCACCAGAUGGCGCCGUCAGCCUCCCCCGUUCCUGCCGCCGCAGCCGGUGUCCCCGGUGGGACAGGUGGCCCUGCAGCAGGUGGCCUGUUUGGAAGCGUCUGCGCGUGCAGAGCUAGGAAGACGCUACCUCCUGAAAGAGGAGAAGAGCAGCAAGACCUGUGACAGCAGCAUCAGGCAGCAGAGAGCCCCGCUGGUAACAUGCCUGUACCUCCCACCUGAGAGAAGAGAAGGCUGUGAAGAAAGAGGUUGUUGUGCCUGCCAUCUUUCCUCCACUCUCCUUUCUGCGCAGAGCACACGGAAGGAGAUCUCCUUCCAGGAGCCGUGGCUGCUGACAGUGAGGCUGAGCUCUUCUGCAGUAUUGUCUGUCUCAUCAGCUCCGAGUUCCCCGAGUCCUGCUCGCGUCUGCCGUUCACGAUGCUGGAGAAGUCCCCACUGCCUGAUGUGAGAUCCAACCUCAUUGUUGCAGCAGGAGAUCUAGCCAUCUGCCUCUGGGACCUGCCGGUGCCUUGGACAUCAUCUCUCUGUGCCAGGGUCAUGCUGUCUACCACCUGAUUCCAGGCAUCAUCAGACACCUCUGGGAUCCUAACAGUGGCCUACAGGAGGAAUCCUUCCACGCUAUGAUGAGCACAGGCAGCCUUACCCACCGGAUUGCCGGAGGACAACAGCUACCAGACCUUUCUGCAGGAACACAGCUUUGACGAGACCACUUCAUCUGGGCUGCUGCCACCACGGUGCCAGGUUGGAUGCUGACCGUGUCACUGAUCUUUUGUGCCAUUGCAUGUGUUUUGUUUCAUUUUAUUUUACGUUUUUUUCUCUCCUAUUAAAUGGUUUCUUUCUGA